AAUGAUUUGCCCGGUCUGCCGACCCUGAACUGCAAAACUUUUUUGACUUUUCCUGCCGGACGCUUUCGUCAAGGAUUAGGCAGUGUAGCUGAGAAGAAAAAAUUGGCACAUCUGACAUUCGCCGGCUGAACAACCAACAGGACUCCCGAUGACGACACUUUGCAGCUGCCACGCUUCUUCGUUCAUCCCAGGGUCCUCUCAACGACAGAAUGUGCAGAAGAAAUCCACUGCAACUUCCCAGUUUGCUGCACAAGAGUCAGUGGAAGUGAAUAACGCGAAGUCCCGGAGGCAGAUGAGGACGGAGAAACGUGAGCUCUGAUAAAGACCGAGACAUAGAAGCUGUGAAGGCUGCACAACUUGACUCAACCUCCGAGACUUAGAUCGAUUGAUCUCUUUCCAGCUUUGAAAGGCAGGAUUGAGUAGGAAGAAACAAACAAGACUGAAUGGUUACACUUCUCUCCAGUGGCUCAUAAAAGAAUCAGAAAAUUUCUGAGUGAUCGGCCUGUUACAGUCAGGAUCCACUUAUUGCAACUAGUCGAGCUAGAGAGCACUACUGCCUCAUUGAUGACGAGUGCGGCGAAGCCGUGGACUUGAAAGAAAAAUUCCACAAUCCAGUCAUUGGACUCCUCGUCUCGUCCUUCUCGACCGAGAAACUCGAGGUUCUACUGUUUUUGUGUCUCAUUCUGACGAUUAUCCUCAGAAGUGAAAGCUUAAACCAGCUGCCGGAAAUCGAAUGUGUAGCAGCAACCUGACGCUGGUCGGACAGACGUAAAGGAAGACAUCUGGAAUUAUCAGGAAUGUGGAGCGAGAUGCAAUGGGAUCUGCUUCUACUGGUGGGAGUGACGAUUCUGCAACUCUCCUUCCUCGUGCCUGGUCGCACCGCUGCGCUGGACCCUCAUCAGCCGCUUGCAAAUCUGGGGAUCGAGCGUACUCUGAUGCGGCUCGAUCCUCUGGUGGCCAGCAUUUCAGCGUCCCCUGAUGUUCUGGACAGCGAGAUUAUAUCUGCAGGCGGCUCAGCAGCAGCUUAUGUCACUGUCAAGUUCCAGAAAUUCUCUGGCGCUAGUGACGGCGAUUGGGUCGCUGUUUUCUCGCCAGCCGACUUCAAUGCCUCAUCAACCUGUGAUGGAAGGGAGGCUCCCGAAAUUUGUCAAGCUCCAAUUAAGUUCUCAUAUGCAAACUUCUCGAAUCCGGAUUACAGCAGCACGGGCAAGGGAAUGCUAAGAUUUCGACUGAUCAACCAGCGAUCUGACUUCGCCUUCGGAUUUUUCACCGGGGAUAUUUACAACCCCGUGCUGGUAGCAGUAUCAAACAAGGUCUCGUUCCGGAACCCCAAAGCACCGGGCUAUCUGCGCCUGGCACAAGGCUACGAUUGGAAUGAGAUCUCGGUGACUUGGACGAGUGGAUACUCGAUAGAGGAGGCGACUCCUCUUGUAGUCUGGGGCAUUCUCAAUGGAGACACAAACCACACCACCCCGGCCUCGACUCUCACCUUCACUCGAGAAGAUAUUUGUGGACCUCCUGCAAGCACCGUCGGUUGGCGAGACCCAGGAUACAUUCACUCCUGCCAUCUUAAGGAGCUUUGGCCCAAACAAAAGUACUUCUAUCAGGUGGGUCACAAGCAUGAGGAUGGCACUUAUGUUUGGGGUCGACACAGCUUCUUCAAAGCGCCACCUUCUCCUGGAGAAAACUCGCUGCAGCGUGUGAUCGUCUUCGGUGACAUGGGAAAGGCUGAACGUGAUGGAUCGAAUGAGUACGCCAACUACCAGCCAGGUUGCUUGAACACGACCGACCGUCUGAUCGAGGAUCUUGAAAACUUUGACCUCGUGUUCUUAAUCGGUGACCUCAGUUACUCCAAUGGAUAUUUGUCUCAGUGGGAUCAGUUCAUAGAGCAAGUGGAACCUUUGUCGGCAAGAGUACCACUCAUGUCGGCCAGCGGAAAUCACGAGCGAUCGUGGCCUUUGUCAGGUGGAUUUUACAAUACAACCGAUUCAGGAGGAGAAUGUGGUGUGCCAGCACAAACCUAUUUUAACAUGCCCACAGAGAACGGUGAUAAGUUCUGGUACAAAAGCGACUGGGGAAUGUUCCGAUUCUGCGUCGCAGAUUCAGAGCACGAUUGGCGAGAAGGGACAGAGCAGUAUGCGUUCCUGGAAAACUGCAUGGCAACAGUCAACAGGCAUCAACAGCCAUGGCUGAUAUUCGUCAGCCAUCGCGUGCUGGGAUACUCCUCCGGUUACUACGGUGCGCUCAAUGGCGCAUUUGGCGAACCCUGGGGACGAGACGACUUGCAAAUUCUGUGGCAGAAAUACAGAGUUGAUCUUGCCUUAGCCGGCCACAUUCACAACUACGAGCGGACCUGCCCCGUCUUCAGUAACAUUUGCACCAGCCAAGAGAAGGAUCACUUUUCUGGGACGUUCAACGCCACCAUUCACAUGGUUGUUGGAGGAGGUGGAUCGCAUUUGGCAGAUUUUACUUCUCUAAACACUUCCUGGUCUCUAGUCAAAGACCGUGAUUACGGCUUCGUGAAACUCACGGCAUCAAAUUACAACAAUCUUUUGAUUGAGUACAAGAGGAGCAGCGAUGGCCUUGUCUAUGACCAGUUCACGAUCCAUAGGAGAUACUCGGAUGUCCUGGGCUGUGACUCAUCUAACUUGUUCUGCCCGGAUAUCACUGUUUCUACUUAACAUCUUGUUUCAAGUCCGCGGAAUGAACGAUUAUCAAUAACUUGGAAGAUUACAGCAAACGGGAAAUUCAAUUGUUAUUUGGAAACCUUGUGCUGAAGGGAGCAUUCCAUGAGGGGAGGAUCGAAGCAAUAUCGCCGACAUGGAGUAUUGACCGCAAUCGUAGAUAACUUCCCUAGAAAACGAGGAUUGCCCAGGCCGAGUCUAUUCAUUACACCUAUUCAUUAGUCUUUUCAUUACAUCAAAUCAUACACAGUAUCUUUUCUCGAAAUGACAAUAGACCUUCUACGUAUCAUAGAACUUUUUUCUCUCAAACUGACAAAUCGUCCUUUCGAAGCAAAAAGAACAUUUCACACUGAAAACAAUACCAUCAAGCCUUUGGUAAAGUUACAACCACAAUCGGUGCAACAACUUUCAUGUAGGUUGUAUUUCGUAUGUUUACGCUACACCCAACAGUGAGCUGUCCACGUUACAUUGACGUCUACAAACCUCAUAGAGGGAUGUGUGGACUGUAUGAUGCCUUCUACAGAUCAACCUUCCAUAUAAUAAAUGAAACUUCUAAGUGUGGACAACAAAAGUGGUCAAGAGUGGGAAAAGUUGCAGCAGUUCAUCCUUUGAUCGUC